AUGUAUAUUCGGACUGUGUUUACUAAACACUUAGACACAGUUCCAACAUCAAAACUUUGCGAAUACUUUGAUGGUGACUUAGUAAAUUCUCCUUAUAUAAACUGUGAAAUUUGUCAAUGUCUAAAACCAUUCAGAUGUCAUCAUUGUCGAAUUUGUAAUUGUUGUAUUUAUCGAAUGGAUCACCAUUGUAUUUGGGUGGGUCAGUGUAUAGGAAUUCACAAUAUUAGAUUUUUCUUUUUGUUUAUAAGUUCAUUAUCCUUGUCAUUAUUACUUGGUGCAGUAACGACAUACCCCCUACCUUUUUCUACUUCAAUUAAAUUACUAUUUACUUUUGAAUGUGUAUUAGGAAGUGUAUUGUUUAUUUUUGCUUUUGGACAUUUUUUGAUGAUAAUAACAAAUCAAACUUCAUUAGAAAUAAGUUAUAAUAUAAUGGACUAUAUCCAUCAACCAUCUCAUCUUCGUAAAUUUAUUACUCCUUAUGAUUUAGGAAUAUUGACUAACAUCCAUCAAACAUUACGAUUUUCAUCGUGUUGGGAACUUUUCAAUCCUUUUGCAAAACAAGUACCAUGUGAUCCAAUGAAAGUAGUUGUAUCGAGAGAGUAUAUUAUGCACUGUGAUUGUCUAAGUGAAGAAAAUGAACAGAAUCAAUAA